CUCACCACCGCCUCCGCCCCGCCCGCGGGUGGGUGGUCGCUUCCUUUCGCUCCCCGUCACUCUUUGCAGACGCUCCCCGGCGCCGGGCAUGUGCGCCGACGCCGUCGGUCCCCGGGCCGGAUUCCGCGCGCGGGUGGUGGCCCUGAGGCGCUCAGCUGCCGGGGUCUGCAGAAGGCCGCACCAUGAACAGCCGGAGGAGGCCAGUGAAGAAGGACAGCGAGGCCUUGGAGAUUUCCAUCCCGUUCGAUGAGACGCCCCACCUGGACCCACAGAUCUUUUACAGCCUGAGCCCCUCUCGGGGGAACUUCGAGGAGCCGGCGGAGGCUGCUUCCCCGACAGCGGCCCUGAUGAAUGGCGUCCGGGCCCAGCUGCACCUGGCCCUGGAGAGGAACUCCUGGCUGCAGAAGCGCAUUGAGGACCUGGAGGAGGAGCGGGACUUCCUGCGGUGCCAGCUGGACAAGUUCAUUUCCUCUGCGCGACUGGACACAGACGACCACUGCCGGGGGAAGCCAGGGCCUCGGCGGGCCGAGGGGGACGGCCGAGGGGGGACCGGGGGCGAGGCCUCAGACCCCGAGUCGGCCGCCUCCUCGCUCAGCGGGGCAUCUGAAGAAGGCAGCACCGUGGAGAGAAAGAGGCAGAGGCAGAAAGGAGACCCAGGCCGGCGGCGCUUCGGCAAGCCCAAGGCCCGGGAGAGGCAGCGGGUGAAGGACGCAGACGGGGUGCUCUGCCGCUACAAGAAGAUCCUGGGCACCUUCCAGAAGCUGAAGAGCAUGUCGCGGGCUUUCGAACACCACCGAGUAGACCGCAACACGGUGGCACUGACCACGCCCAUCGCGGAGCUGCUCAUCGUGGCCCCGGAGAAGCUGGCCGAGGUGGGCGAGUUUGACCCCUCCAAGGAGCGCCUGCUUGAGUACUCGCGCCGCUGCUUCCUGGCCCUGGACGAGGAGACCCUCAAGAAGGUGCAGGCCCUCAAGAAGAGCAAGCUGCUGCUUCCCAUCACAUACCGCUUCAAGCGGUGAUCCUACCCCACCCGGCCCGGCGCCCGCCCUCCGGCCCCUGCUUCCCUUGCCCGGCGUGCGGGGCCGGCGUGUGCACGAGUGGUGGGCCCCCACGAGGGCGGCUCGUUUCCGCGCGGACCGCCACCCCCUCCCAAGGCCCCCUGUACAUAGGCCUGUCCCCUGGGCCUCUCACAGCCCUAGCGUCCACCCUGCCCUCCGCCUUCCCUGGGUUGGGGGCGGUCCUCGCUUAGUCACGCUUCCAAGAGGACCACCAUCCAGGGCCCGGUUCUGUCUUCCCUGACCACUGGCACCCCCGCACCUAAGCGGCACCGUCUUGCCCUCGCUGGGCCCUCCCUCCUGGGAAGACUGCGGGACCCUGCGGGGCGAGGCCACUGUACACACCCCGCCCGCACCCCAGCCCCGCCCGAGUUCACGUGAGACAGAGCUAUUAAGAGAAUUUAAAUUAAAAAGAUGAUAAAAUUUGGAAUAAA